GUCUGCGGAGCACCCCCGCUUGAUGCGACCAUGUGGGAGCCAAAAUGCCCCUUGAGCGGCCAACGGGAUCCGGCCAUGUCCCUAGGCCGCCUGCUGCUAUCCCUCGCGGUGGCGCUGACGCUCCUGUUGCCCUUGUACCCGGCUGCCCGUCCCCCUGCCUACCCGUCCUUCUUGUUUCCCAACACCAGCUUCAAUCACCUAGCCCGAGCCCGGGUUACGGGGACGCUGUACGUGGGUGCCGUCAACGCCUUGUUCCAGCUGAGUCCCGAGCUCGCGUUGGCGGAGCACGUGGCCACCGGGCCAGCCAGCGAUAGCCCCGAGUGCCUUCCUUUCCGGGACCCCCACGACUGCCCCCAGGCGCGGUCCACGGACAACACGAACAAGCUGCUGUUGCCCAAUGAGCACACUGGGGAGCUGGUGGUCUGUGGGCAACUCUUCCAGGGGGUGUGCGAGAAGAGAGCCCUGGCCAACAUCUCCAGAGUGCUGUAUCGCCCCGAGGAUCCUGGCGACAACCAGUUCGUGGCGGCCAACGAGCCGCGGGUCUCCACCGUGGGCCUGGUGGGCCAGCACGCUGGCCGAGACCUGCUUUUCGUGGGGCGCGGGCUGACGGCCAAGCUCUCUGGGGGGAUCCCGCCGUUCACCAUCCGUCAGCUGGAAGGGCCCCAGGCGUUCUCCAACGAGGGAAUGGGCAAGCUGGUGGUGGGCGACUUCUCGGACUACAACAACACCUACGCCGGCGCCUUUGCUUCCGGGGACUACGUCUACUUCCUGUUCUCCCGGCGAGGGGCCAAGGCGCAGAUGGAGUAUCGUGCCUACCUCUCUCGGAGCUGCGUGGAGGACACCAACCUCUACUCCUACGUGGAGCUCCCCCUGGAGUGCCGGGAUGCCAAAGGGCGCGUUUACAACCUGGCGCGGGCCGUGCAUUUGGACGCCGGGUUCCCGGGCGAAGGGGCGACGCUGUUCGUCGUCCUGGCUGCCGGGCAAGGCUCCACGGCGUCCCCGACGGCCCAGACGGCACUGUGCGCGUACAGCUUAAGUGAGGUCAACGCCGCCAUGGAGCGGACGCGGCGCCUGUGCUACACCUCGGCCGGGAAGGGCCCCACCGGGAAGGAGGAGGCGGCCAUAGAGUACGGCGUGACGUCCCACUGCAACUUGCUACCCAAGGAAUCUCCCGAGGCUUACCCCUGUGGUGACGAACACACUCCUAGCCCCAUCGCCAGCCGGGUGCCAGUGGUGGCGGAAGCUCUACUAACCACCAUACCGAGGCUGACGGCUGUGGCGGCCAUGGGAGAAGCAGGUCAUACGAUCGCCUUUCUUGGGGAUGGCAUGGGGCGGUUGCACAAGGUGUACCUGAACGGGUCCACGGCUCAGGUCUACAGCACGGUGUUCACCGGCCAGCGUUCCCCAGUCAAUCCAGACCUGCUGCUAGACGGAAGUGGGGCCCACCUGUAUGUGAUGACGGCCUCACAGGUCUCCAAAGUCCCAGUUUCCGAAUGCCCCAACUUCCAGGACUGCGACUCGUGUCUGCGUGCCCAAGACCCUUUCUGCGGUUGGUGCGUCCUGCAGAGCAGGUGCACCCGCAAGUUGGAAUGUGAGCGCCACGAGGUACCCAAUCACUGGCUCUGGAGCUACGGGGCUGACAGCCAGUGUCUGCAAGUGGAACAGAUGUCCCCGGCCAAUCAGAGUAGAGAAGAACGGACAGAGGUCUCCAUGCUGGUUCCCGAACUCCCCGCCUUGGCCGAGGGGGAGAACUACGACUGUGCCUUUGGGACCCAAGACAGCCCCGCCGAGCUCGAAGGCUCCUGGGUGCGCUGCCUCUCGCCGGUUCCCGCGCAGGUGCCGCCCACCCAAGAGGGCAAAGAUCACGUGACCGUGGCCUUAGCCUUGAUGUUCCGGGACGUGGUGGUGGCUUCCACAGGCUUCUCCUUCUACGACUGCAACGCAGUGAGCCAGCUUGCUGACGCAACACCGUGUGGGAAAUGCGUUGGCAGUCCGUGGAUGUGCCACUGGUGUCCAGCCAGUCACCAGUGUGUCUCUGGCGGGCCCUGCCCGAAUGGAGAGGGGCCGAUCUACAACGAGAAGGUGCCCACCGAAGACCCCCAGGGCCCGGCCUCUUGCCCCGCUGUGGAGAUUGUUCCCGAGUCACACCUGAUUCCCGUGGGUGUCGAAAUGCCGUUGAGUCUGGUUGCCUGGAAUCUCCACUUGGUGGGGGAUUCAGAGAAGCUCUCCUGCGUGCUGGAGGUGGAGGGGACCUCAGUCGUGGUCCCAGCGUCGCUGGAGGAAGGGGACAGGGGAACCUCGCAUCGUGUGCAGUGCCUGCCCCGGACAUACAGUUACACCCAGCCUGCCCCAGAGCUCCACGUGCCCCUCUAUGUCCUGGUGGGGGAUGACCAGCGCCUUGAUAGCCGCGGAGACCUGCAUGUGAAGCUGUAUAACUGUUCCGCUGGCCGUUCGGACUGCAGCCGCUGCAAGGCCGCCCCCAGCUACUUCCAGUGUGUCUGGUGCAUUCUGGGAGGGGCGCCCAGCUGCGUCUACAAGGAACAGUGUCCCACCAAGGCCGGCGUGCCCACUUGCCCAUCGCCCGUCAUCCACUCGAUCAGUCCCCUCACCGGACCCUUGGAGGGCGGCAUGUCUCUCACGGUGACGGGGUCCAACCUGGGCCAUCGCUUCGAGGACGUGGCCGACACCGUGACGGUGGCCAACUUGCCGUGUGUCCCUGAUCCGGACCUGUAUCUCAUCUCUACUCGGAUUGUUUGUGAUGUACCCCCAGGAAAACGAGGGUUAUCCGGCCCCGUUGAGGUCACUGUGGGGGACCGCCCACCCGGCGUUUCUGACAGGAACUUCAGCUACCAGGACCCCAGGCUUCUUGACUUGCACCCCCAUUUCGGCCCCAUGGCUGGAGGUACUCGGCUGACCAUCGCUGGAGAAGAGCUUCUGACGGGCACGGAGAUUGCUGCCUAUGUCGGGGACCUCCCUUGCCUCCUCGAGGAGCCCGUGGAGCCGCAGGCGAUCGUCUGCCGGACCAGUCCCAGCGCCAGGCCCCGGGAGGCGCGGGUCAAGGUCCAGUAUGGCAGAGUGCUGCGCCGACUGCAAAAGACCUUCCGUUACGUGCAGAAUCCCCAACUCACCGGGGCGUUCCCAGCCGCUAGUUUCCACGGGGGCGGACGGAUCAUCUACGUGGAGGGGACCGACUUGGACGUGGUGCAGCAGCCGCUCAUCAAAGCAGUCCUGGAGCCCGAGGAGGAAGCGGCGGAUGCCCUCAGCCGGAAGAAGAGAGCCUGCGAUCUCUCACCGGGCCCUCAGGCCUUGCUGAACCCAGCUUCCCCACGCCCUUGUGUGGAGGUGGGAGACCUGCUGGAGUGCUGGGAACCUUGCUGUGCCAACUCUUCCACCCUCCUCCUCUGCCCGUCGCCUGCUGUGCCGCCCAGCGCCCGCCUGCGCCUCGUCCGUUUUGAACUGGACGGGCUCCAUGUCCCCUUCAGCAACGCCAGCGGGGGCCAAGAUUUCGCCUACGAGCCCAAUCCCCAGCUGCGCUGGCCCGGACGGGACUCCGGCAACCGCCCCUUCAGCCUUAAGCCUGGCAACGUCUUGGACAUAGAGGGAGACGGCCUGACCCUCGGCAUCAGCAAGGAGGAGGUGACUGUCAUCAUCGGCAACAGCUUCUGCACCGUCAAGACCCUCACCCUGACCCACUUGUACUGUGAGCCCCCCCUGGAACCCCCACAGCCUCUUAACGCUUCUUCUGUGCUGCCGGAAUUCAUUGUGCAGAUGGGAAACUUGCGUCUAGACCUUGGCCGGGUACACUACGACACGGAGCCCCCUUCCCACUUCCCCCCCGAAGCCCAGAUUGGGUUGGGGGUAGGUGCGGCAGUGCUGGCUUUCGUGGUGUUGCUACUCAUCCUAAUGUACAGACGGAAGAGCAAACAGGCCGUGCGGGAUUACAAGAAGGUCCUGGUGCAGCUGGAAAACCUGGAGAUCAGCGUGGGAGACCAGUGCCGCAAGGAAUUCACAGACCUGAUGACAGAAAUGACCGACCUGAGCGGAGAGCUUGAGGGCUCUGGGAUCCCGUUCCUGGACUACAACACCUACGCCCAGCGGGUCUUCUUCCCCGGCCAGGGAGGUGCCGUCCUACGGCGGGGGCUGGACCUGCCCGAGGGACGCCGCGCCACGGUGGAGCAGGGCCUGGGCCAGCUCUCCAAUCUGCUGAACAGCAAAGUGUUCCUGCUCCAGUUAAUCCGGACGCUGGAGGCCCAGCCGACAUUCUCGCAGCGGGAUCGGUGUCACGCGGCCUCGCUGCUCUCUCUGGCCCUUCAUGGGCGCCUGGAGUACCUGACGGACAUCAUGCAGACCCUGCUGAGCGAUCUCGUCGCCCACUGCGUCGCCCGCAAUCCGAAGCUCAUGCUUCGCAGGACGGAGACCAUGGUGGAGAAGCUCCUGACCAACUGGAUGUCCAUCUGCCUCUACUCCUAUCUCAGGGAAGUGGCCGGCGAGCCCCUGUAUAUGCUGUUCCGUGCCAUCAAGUACCAGGUGGACAAAGGGCCCGUGGACGCCGUGUCGGGCAAGGCCAAGCGGACGUUGAACGACAGCCGCCUCCUGCGGGAAGACGUGGAGUUCCGCCCCCUCACCCUGACCGUCUUGGUGCGGGGGGCUGGCCCCGGCGGGAGCGAGACCCAGCGGAUCCCGGCCCGGGUCCUCGACACAGACACCAUCACCCAGGUGAAGGAGAAGAUCGUGGACCAGGUCUACAAGGGGGUGCCUUUCUCCCAGCGCCCCUGCGUGCACCCCCUCGACUUAG